CACUGUAUAUCCUUCACUGGUUCACUGCAUAUCGCAUACACUUAUUUCGCAUUCGCAUGGAAAUCAGGGUCACAAUGGCGCUUGCACAAUAUAUUUUGAUUUUUUGUUUCACUGGUGUUCUCUGCAAUACCGCCAAUACAAGUGCGCCAAGUGCGGACUGCUCGACGGACACGCAUCCCUUCAUACCGAUCGGUAGUAAAUAUUAUUUAAUAAAUGCAGCCGUCAAGAUGAAUUGGUUCGAAGCUGGUCUUUUUUGUCGCACUUUUGGCAGUGAUUUGGCCGUAAUCGAGUCCGAGGCUGAAAUGGACGCACUAUCUUUUCACGUAACGACAAAUGGAAAUCUUUGGAAAUAUUUCUGGCUUGGUAUCACCGAUUUGGCUGUGGAGGGUAAAUUUAUGUCACACUACAAUGGACGUGCAAUGCCCUACGCCAAAUGGGCACGCGGUCAACCAGAUGAUAGUCAAAAAAGAGAAGAUUGCGUACACCUUUGGCCCGUUAAUAAUAUAUAUUUUAUGAAUGAUUAUCCGUGCUAUUCGGAAGGUUAUGCUCUGUGUAAGAUGCGACCGCGCCCAAAAUGUUGUAGUGAAAGUGGACUAUCGAACUGUAGUUUGAAAAAGCUCGUACAAGAGUAUGUGAGAAAUGCGUGUCCCAUAUUGGAUUGUCGAGAUUAGUUCAGAAUUUAUUUAUGUAUGCAAAUAUGAGUAAGCUUGCGGAAACUAGUUUUUUGAGCAAAAAUAAAUGAAUUAAAGUAUAACUAAAUCGAA